AUGGGACAGGCCGAGCGGGUGCGAGGGGUGGGGAACGCCUCCGUGCAGCAAGAUAGGAUCCCGGCAGGCUUCAAAGAGGCAGUACUGCCCUGCUCGGCGGCGCUGGGCUCGCUGGCGCGCGCCUGCCCGGCCCAGGGCGCCCUCAGCCGGAUGGGCAGCCUGUUCCGCUCCAAGCGCAAGAAGUUCCGCGUGAGCAGCGAGGCGCCCACCUACACGGUGCUCUACCUGGGCAACGCCACCACCCUGCAGGCCAAGGGCGAGGGCUGCACCGACGUGGCGGUGGGCAAGAUCUGGGCCAAGAGCGAGGCCGGGCGCCACGGCACCAAGAUGAAGCUGACUUUCGGGCCGCAGGGCAUCCGCAUGGCCCCCGCCGCCGCCGCCGCCGCCGGCGACGCCUCCUCGGCGGCCCGCCCGGGGCACCUCUACCUGCUCCACCGGGUCACCUACUGCGUGGCUGACCCGCGCCUCCCGCGCCUCUUCGCCUGGAUCUACCGGCACGAGGUGAAGCACAAGGCGGUGCUGCUCCGCUGCCACGCCGUCCUGGUCUCCAAGGCCGAGAAGGCCCGCGCCAUGGCCCUGCUCCUCUACCAGACCUCGGCGGCGGCGCUGGCCGAGUUCCGCCGCCUCAAGGAGGAGGAGGAGGCGGCGGCGGGCACGGCAGGGGUGCCCAGCCUGGGGCAGCUGAUCAGCGGCCUGGGCGAGCUGACCAUCGGCAACGACGUGGCGGUCCUGCGCGCCGACCUCCGCGUCACUCGCCUCCUCUCGGGCGAGAGCACC